UAGGGACGGAGCCGCAACCACCCCAAGAAAAAAAUAAAUAAAUUUUUUUAUAGGUAAAAUGACUAAACUGCCCUUAUUAAAACUAAACAAUUACAACAAUACCUAAAUCUAAUUCAGUUUUCUCUUUCUUCCUCUCUCUUCCAUCCAGCCUUCCUCAGUUCCUCUAUCCAUCUCUGAUCUCUCCCUUUUGCUUACAAGUUACAGCCUUCCUCUCUCCCUCUUCCAUAAUCAGAUUCACGAAUCAAUCACGACAAAUGCGCAACCGCCUCUGCUCGUCUGCCAAGUCACGAAUCACGGAUCACUCCUCUGCUCGCUGCGGGCCUGCGGCCGCCGCUGCCUGACUGCCUCCGUGGCCGUUCGUCGCUCUCGCCUCUCUGUUCGCCGCAACCUCUCCUCAUCUGUCUCCAGACCGCGUUGCUGCUUUGUUCAAAAGCUCUUCAAUCAAGCUCUGCCACUGCAUAAAUGUCUUCUUACAUGCAAAUUUCUCAGAAAUUUUACGAUGCUUUCAAGCAUUGUGGCUUCUCUCUCAAAUCUCCACACAUUGCUCGCAAACUUCAUGCUCAACUUAUUCUCUCCGGUUUAGACACUUCCCUUUUCUUACUCAACAAUCUUCUCCACAUGUACUCCAACUGUGCCUUAUUACACGAUGCUUUUCAAGUUUUUCAAGAGACCAAUCAUCGUAACAUAUUCACUUGGAAUACAAUGAUACAUGCUUUAGUUGAUUCUGGUCGAAUGAGUCAAGCAGAGAAACUGUUUGAUGAAAUGCCUGUCAGAGUUAGAGAUUCUGUUUCUUGGACUACUAUGUUAUCUGGUUAUGUUCAAAAUGGCAUUUAUGCUCGUAGCGUUGAAACUUUUAGUUUAAUGCUUCGCGAAUCGAAUGAUCGAGGUGAGAAUUAUGACCCGUUUUCGUUUACUAGUGUAAUGAAAGCUUGUGGCUCUCUUGGGUAUACUCGGUUGGGUGUUCAGUUACAUGCCUUGGUUGUUAAGUUAGGUUUUGGAAUGCAAACUUGUAUACAAAAUUCGCUUGUUGGUAUGUAUGUUAAGUGUGGAGAUAUCGGUUUGGCCAAGAGUGUUUUCUUUGAAAUUGAAAGACCAAGUUUGUUUUGUUGGAAUAGUAUGAUUUAUGGUUAUUCACAAACGUAUGGACCUUAUAAAGCUUUUCAGAUAUUUAGCCGAAUGCCUGAACGUGACGAGGUUUCUUGGAACACAAUGAUCUCAAUUUUCUCUCAACAUGGUUUUGGGGUUCAAUGUCUUGCCAUGUUUGUCGAGAUGUGUAAUCAGGGUUUUAGUCCGAAUUUCAUGACUUAUGGCAGUGUGCUCAGUGCAUGUGCCGGAAUUUCUGAUCUGGAAUGGGGUGCCCAUUUACAUGCUCGGAUUAUUCGGACAGAACAUGGCUUGGAUUUGGUUUUGGGAAAUGGUCUUAUAGAUAUGUAUGCCAAAUGUGGAUGCUUAGGAUUGGCGAAGCGUGUGUUUAACAGUUUAAGGGAACACGAUCACGUUUCGUGGAAUAGUUUGAUCGCUGGGGUGGCAAAUUUUGGCCUUGAUGAAGAUGCUUUGAUAUUGUUUAACCAAAUGAGACAGAGUUCUACGGUGUUGGAUGAAUUUAUUCUUCCCACCGUUCUUGGUGUUUGUUCAGGUCAAAAUUAUGCUGCUACUGGGGAACUACUUCAUGGAUAUACAAUCAAAAGUGGGAUGGAUUCCUCUGUUCCUGUAGGGAAUGCAAUCAUUACAAUGUAUGCAAAGUGUGGAGAUACCGACAAAGCUAACCUUGUGUUUAGGUCAAUGCCACUAAGAAAUACCAUAUCAUGGACCGCCAUGAUCACUGCAUUCUCUCGGAGUGGAGACAUUGACAAAGCUCAAGAGUAUUUUGAUACGAUGCCUGAGCGGAACACGGUAACUUGGAACUCGAUGUUAAGCACAUAUGUUCAAAAUGGUUUCUCUGAAGAAGGUCUCAAACUGUAUGUUUCCAUGAGGAACUAUGGAGUCCAACCGGAUUGGAUCACUUUCACAACUUCAAUUCGGGCCUGCGCUGACUUGGCUAUAGUUAAACUUGGGACGCAGGUUGUAUCUCAUGCUACAAAGUUUGGACUCAGUUCGAAUGUUUCAGUUGCAAACAGUAUCGUUACUAUGUAUUCAAGAUGUGGACUAAUCAAAGAAGCAAAGAAUGCUUUCGGCUCAAUAGAUGCCAAAGAUUUGAUUUCCUGGAAUGCUAUGCUUGCAGCAUUUGCUCAAAAUGGUUUAGGUAGGAAAGUAAUUGAAACUUUCGAGGAUAUGUUGAGGACGAAGUGUAAACCUGAUCAUAUAAGCUAUGUUUCUGUUUUAUCUGGGUGCAGCCACAUGGGGCUUGUCGUCGAAGGGAAACAUUACUUUGAUUCCAUGACUCAAGUUUUCGGCAUUUCUCCAACAAAUGAACACUUCGCUUGUAUGGUAGAUCUGCUCGGACGAGCAGGGUUACUAGAACAAGCCAAGAAUUUGAUAGAAGGAAUGCCUUUUAAACCAAAUGCGAUCGUUUGGGGUUCUCUGCUAGGUGCAUGCCGAAUCCAUCGUGAUCUGAGACUAGCAGAAACUGCUGCAAAGAAGUUGAUGGAAUUAGAUGUUGAAGAUUCUGGAGGCUAUGUCCUUUUAGCAAAUAUAUAUGGUGAAACUGGUGAGUUAGAAAAUGUUGCUGAUAUGAGAAAACUUAUGAAAGCGAAAGGAAUUCGAAAGAGUCCAGGUUGUAGUUGGAUAGAGGUUGAUAAUAGAGUACAUGUUUUCACUGUAGAUGAUACUGAUCAUCCACAGAUAAAAGAAGUUUAUAUAAAACUUGAGGAGAUGAUGAAGAAGAUAGAAGAUACAGGAAAAUAUAUUAGUGUAGACUCUUCUGUUCAUAGGAAUCAGAAAUACCACAGUGAAAAGCUGGCCUUUGCUUUUGGGUUGCUUAAUCUGCCACCUUGGAUGCCAAUACAUGUAAUGAAGAAUCUCCGCGUAUGCGAUGAUUGUCACUUGGUAAUAAAGCUGUUUUCUUUAGUCACCUCAAGGGAACUUAUAAUGAGAGAUGGAUAUAGAUUUCAUCAUUUUAAGGAUGGGGUUUGCUCUUGUAAGGACUAUUGGUAAUAUGUGGUGUGCAUUCAAUCAAUAUCCAUUGCUUUUGCAAUCAAGAUGUUGGGAAAAAAAUUCAAGGGUUAUGACUAUCCAGAGGGUUCUCAAACACAUGAAUGGUAGCUCAGUUUUUUCAAGCUUGAUUGUUCCAGCUUGAUUUGGAAGUUGUAAUAACAUUUAUCGCGGGUUACAACUGAGUUCAAUCACAUAAACAACCUUGAUCUUGUUUGUCGAGCACAUCAACUUGUACAAGAAGGGCUUAAGUACAUGUUCCACGAUAAAGAAGGCCUUGUGACUGUAUGGUCUGCACCUAAUUACUGUUACCGUUGUGGAAAUGUAGCUUCUAUUCUUAGUUUCAAUGAAAAUAUGGAAAAUUGGUGAAUUAACAAGCUCCACAAAUUGUAACUUCAUUAAGUUUCACAGAUGUGUAGAAACACUGCAUGAAAAUGGUUAAAAUGGCUCACAGAUGAAGGAUAGGUUGGCUUGAAUGAUAUAGGGCCGACUGCCAAGGAAAGAGAACUGAAAGAACAAACAGCUAGACUAGGAAGUGACUUUGGGAAAUUGAUCUUGUGGAAAAGAGAUUUCAACCAAAUACCACUAUUGAAUGUCAAAUCAUUAUUUUCCUUCCAUAUAAUCUAUAAGCAUGCUCAGAUAUGAACUAGAGGCCAAAAAAUGUUGAAAAAGGUCUUUAGGACACUAGAAACUAUAGUAGGGCAGAAAUGGCUCGCUCAGACUGGAAAGUUGCACGAUUUGCCACUGGCGUUGCAUGGGAAGGUUUUCAGCUAUGAGCUUCUGGUUUCUCAGUGAUCAAAACUUCCUAAUUCUGAUGACAGGAUCUAUUUCACAAGAUAAUAGUCUGAGAUAAGUGGAACAGAUAUGGUUGUUUUAGUAGGAUUUUGGGCAAUUGAAUGGUACAACACCAACAAGGUUAGUCAACAGAGAGCUUGGAAAGGCUGGUCAAGAUAGGGUUGCAGCCUUCUCAAAGCAUUGACAGAAAUGGGGUAUUGUGAGUCUGUGACAAUGUUUGAGGCAGCCGGUAGGAUAGACCAAAGUUCAAUAAGGAAUUCAUCUGACCUAAAAACAUAAUGAAAAUAGUGGGCAGCUAAUGUAGUCCAGAUUUUGGAGAUUUUGCUGCAGAAAUUGAGCCAGAGGUCACAUCCCCAAUGUGUUAAUAAUUGAAAGAUAUAUGGAGGGAGUAUGAACAUAUAUUUUUCUUGUGAGACUGAAUAAUUGUGAUGCCAUACACCGACCUGUGAUUCAUUUAAUACACAAAUUUAUGACUAUGAAAAGACAUUCCCUUUA